AUGAAUGUACCCACGGUCGAGCGAACAUGUCGCUGAUUUUAGUAAUAACAACGUUAUCAGCUUUGGUCUGCAUCAGCAACGCGGCGAAUAAUGAUAAUCCUGUGGUGCACACCUCGUUGGGUAGCAUCAGAGGAUCACUGAUGUCAACGAGACUGAAUAAAACAAUAUUUGCGUUUCGAGGUGUCAGAUAUGGCAAAUCGACCGAAGGACAGAGACGCUUUAAGCAAGCCGAGCCCGUGGAGUCUUGGACCAACGUGUUUGACGCCUCGGAAGAAGGUCCGUCCUGUCCUCUUUCCGCCGUACCACGACUAACGAGUGAAGAUUGUUUGCGAUUAAACGUUUACACGACAAAAUUGCCGGAUUCGAAAAACAAAGUCAAACGACCGGUUAUCGUAUUUCUACAUCCGGGAGGCUUCUACGGUUACUCGGGUCAGAGUUACGUUUUUGGACCCCAGUACCUCCUCGACAAAGAUGUCGUUCUGGUCACCAUAAAUUACAGACUCCACACACUGGGAUUUAUAUCCACGGGCGACGCCAGAGCCCCGAGUAACCUCGGCCUGAAAGACCAAGUGGUGGCGCUACGUUGGCUCCAAAAGCACAUCGCGUCUUUUGGUGGGGACCCCAACAGUGUGACCUUGACCGGAUAUAGUUCCGGCGCUUGGAGCAUCAGUCUACACCUGCUGUCACCCAUGAGCAAAAAUCUUUUCCACCGGGUCGUGGUGAUGAGCGGGGCCGCCGGUGUCGGUCAGAUGCUCUUACCGACGGAGCAGAAAGGCCUCAUUGACAAACAUGCCCGCCUUGUGGGGUGCCCGACUACUGGCAGUUUAGACGAUUCUAUCGAGUGUCUGAAAAAUGUGCCCCACCAGGUGCUCAGUAAUGCGACCUUGAAAUUUGCAGAAUGGUACGACGAUCCACUUUUGAUUUGGUCGCCGGUGGUCGAACCCGAGGUGCCCGGGGUCGAGAGGUUCAUAUCCGACCAGCCAGCCAAGCUGAUCAAACAAAAAAAAAUCUACCAAGUCCCGGUCAUCGCCGGAAUCACGAAAGACGAGUGGGUGGGAAUAACCCCCAGGGCUCUCGAGCAAGCGAUGAAGGGCGACCACACGAUAUUCCGCAACUUCACCGACAAUUGGGAGUACGCAGCGCCCAUAUGUUUCGGGUACGAGCGCAAUACCGAGCACUCGAGGUACAUCAGCGGGGAGUUGAACAAGUUUUACUUCAACAGUGAGCCAAUCACGUUGAAAAACGGACGAAAUCUCGGGGUGCUCUACGCGGAAGGUAUAAGCUUUUCAACCCAGCGAUUCGCCAAACUUAUGGCAAAGUACUCGCGCGCCCCCGUCUACAAUUACCAGUUUGUCUACCAGGGCAGGUACAGUUUCAAUAUUUGGAAUGUCACCAACAAGCCCUACGGUGUCAUGCAUCACGACGAUCUGCAGUAUUUGUUUUUCAUGUGGUUCAUGUUCCCUAUGAUAAAGGAAAACGAUCCGGAAGCCCGAAUGAUCGAUAAGAUGACGGAGAUGUGGUACAGUUUUGCAAAAACUGGAGAGCCGGUGCCGAAAAACAAUCAACUGUUCAAAGGUGUUACCUGGAAAACUUUGACUCCAGAUGAGCAAAAUUAUCUUGAAAUUGGGGACGAAUGGAGGUUGAAGACAAACAUGAUACCAGAGAGAUACGCUCUUUAUGACAGAUUAUUUCCAAUUUAGAUUCUUCGUUCUGCGUGUAAUCGGACCAACUGUGAUUACCCUGUGGUAAAGACGCAGUGUUUCAUUAAAAAAUUUUUCAACGAAAAUC